GGGUGAGAGAGGAGUGUAUGUGAAGUAGAACAAGAAGAGAUUGAGAGUUGGGAUUCACAACAUUUCAUCACAUUCGAAAAGAUUGAUCCGAAAGCGAAACCUUCGAACUCUAACAACAAUUUAACAGAACAACUCACAUCGUUUCUCCAGUUUGAAAGCUUGUUUAAAUUAAAGGUCAAAGGAAGAGGAAGUUGAGUUUGUGAAUUCUGUUUAUGGACGUGGAAUUUUGAUUUGAUUGUGUAAGGAACCAUAUUUUUUUUGGGACAUUAUGCAUGUCUGUCCCUGUGGCCAUUGUUGAUAGAGUGGAAGGAACACUUUCUUUUGCAGAGAGAACAAGAUCUCUUGAUGUCAUUCCUGAAAAGGAUAACAUUUCCCUGUCGAGUAAUGGUGAAGUUGAUCUCACUUCUGAAGCUGCUGGCUUUAGAGUCGGGGAGCUAUUACUUCCAAACGGAGAAUCCUACUCUGGAUCACUGCACGGCAACAUCCCUGAGGGGAGGGGGAAGUAUGUCUGGGCAGAUGGUUGCAUAUAUGACGGUGGGUGGAGAAGGGGGAUGAGGCAUGGAAGUGGAAAAAUUCAAUGGCCUUCUGGUGCAUAUUAUGAGGGUGAAUUUUCUGGUGGUUAUAUGCAUGGUACAGGAACUUAUAUUGGUUCAAAUAAUAUGACUUAUAAGGGACGGUGGAGGUUAAAUCUUAAACAUGGUUUAGGAUACCAGGUUUAUGCUAAUGGGGAUGUUUUUGAAGGGUCUUGGAUCCAGGGUACGCCAGAAGGACCUGGUAAGUAUACAUGGGCUAAUGGAAAUGUUUAUUUGGGAAAUAUGAAAGGAGGUAAAAUGUCAGGUAAAGGAACUCUUACUUGGAUAAAUGGAGAUUCAUAUGAAGGAAGUUGGUUGAACGACAUGAUGCAUGGGUUUGGAGUAUAUACAUGGAGUGAUGGGGGCUUCUAUGUUGGAACUUGGACGCGAGGUUUAAAGGAUGGAAAAGGAUCCUUUUACCCUCAAGGCAGCCGACUCUCACCUGUGCAAGACAUUUACCUCAGUGCUUUGAGGAAAAGAGGACUGUUACCUGAUAUGAGAAAGCAGACCAAUGGUCAUAUUCACCAUGCUACUUCAGUAGAUAUGGGAAAUGUUAAAGUUGGGGAGAGUCAUGGAUCUCGACGUAAUUCUUCUGAUAAAAUUUCUAAAAGAAACCUGUUAAAUUUGGAACAGUCUCGUGGCAAAAAUGUUUCCCUGGAACGGCGCUGGAGUCUUGAAGUAUCAAUAGAAAAACUUAUUGGAUAUGACUCAUCAUCAGGGAUGUCAGAAGGUGGAGAAAAAGACGUUGGGAAUGCUAUACCAAUUUUGGAAAGAGAAUACAUGCAAGGUGUCUUAAUUAGUGAGCUAGUGGUAACCAAUAAUUUUUCAGGAAGUUCUAGAAGGGCAAAAAGACGACAGAAGAAAUUGGUGAAAGAGGUUAAGAGACCUGGAGAAGCCAUCAUUAAAGGACAUAGGAGUUAUGAUCUAAUGCUCAGUUUGCAGCUUGGUAUAAGAUAUACUGUAGGGAAAAUUACACCUAUACAAAGGCGAGAAGUUCGAACAUCAGAUUUUGGUCCACGGGCAAGUUUUUGGAUGAGUUUUCCUAAAGAAGGGUCCCAAUUGACACCUCCUCAUCAGUCAGAGGAUUUUAAAUGGAAAGACUACUGCCCAAUGGUGUUCAGGAACUUAAGGGAGAUGUUCAAAAUUGAUGCUGCUUACUACAUGAUGUCAAUUUGUGGAAAUGAUGCUCUUAGAGAACUCUCUUCUCCUGGAAAAAGUGGUAGUGUGUUUUUCCUGUCUCAAGAUGAUCGCUUCAUGAUUAAAACACUUCGAAAAUCCGAAGUAAAGGUUCUCCUCCGAAUGCUUCCUGAUUAUCAUCAUCAUGUAAGAACAUAUGAGAACACAUUAAUUACAAAGUUCUUUGGUCUUCACAGAAUUAAAGCUUCAAGCGGUCAGAAGUUUCGUUUUGUAGUGAUGGGAAACAUGUUCUGCACAGAGUUAAGGAUACAUAGAAGAUUUGAUUUAAAGGGUUCGUCAUUAGGGCGUUCUUCGGACAAGGUUGAGAUUGAUGAAAACACAACACUCAAGGAUUUGGAUUUAAACUACUGCUUCUAUUUGGAACCGUCUUGGAGAGAGGCUUUAAUGAACCAGAUUGAGACUGAUAGUAAAUUCUUGGAAGCCCAGUGCAUCAUGGACUAUAGCCUUCUCCUGGGUGUACAUUAUCGUGCUCCUCGCCACCUUUGGUCUCUAUCUUCCUUCAAUCAUAGCAGAAGAGCGGAUGGAUUGGGAAUGCUUGCAGAGGAAGAGACUUUAGAGGAUGAUAUUGCCAACUGUCCACAAGGCCUUGUUUUAGUCCCUCGAGGACAAGAUGAUAACAGUGUGGUUGUGGGUCCACACAUCAGAGGUAGUCGAUUGCGAGCAUCAGCUGCUGGCGAUGAGGAAGUGGACCUCCUCCUGCCUGGUACAGCAAGACUUCAGAUUCAGCUGGGCGUGAACAUGCCAGCAAGAGCGGAGCAGAUUCGAGGGAAAGAAGAACAGAUGUUCCAUGAGGUGUAUGAUGUUGUGCUAUAUCUUGGUAUCAUUGACAUAUUGCAAGAAUACAACAUGACUAAGAAGAUUGAACAUGCAUACAAAUCUCUUCAGUUUGAUUCCUUGUCCAUUUCUGCUGUUGACCCUACAUUCUAUUCCCAGCGCUUCUUAGAAUUCAUUAAGAAGAUUUUCCCUUCAACCGCUGUAUCUAGUUGAAAAGUUUUUCUUUUUUUUUUGUAUUCUUAUAUAUUGAAUUCUCCGUUGAGAGUUUUCCUUUGAUCAUCAGCCAACUUGUUUUGGUGCUUUUAAAAUUACAAAUGCUGUUUCUGUGUUUAUUUA